UAAAAAGAGAAAACUGUACUUUACAUCGAUAGACGUCUAUGAAUGAGGUACGGGAGAGACUCUUUCUUACCUCUGCCGUCACCUUUCUUCCCUUGUGAUCUCCCUCCACCUCCUCCCACCAGAUUCAGAAGCUCUGCCUCCAGCUCUUCGUCAUUUCCCUCAUCAUCCAUCCCUCCAUCCGGGGACAGGUCAAGGAGCAGCCCCAUCUGAGACACCGCCAGGCAGACAGAGAGACGUAACAACAGGGACAGAGGUGCUGAAUCAUACCUGUUGCUGACGUAACAGUGGAUAUCAUUCACACAUCUCCUUAUCAGACAUGACGGGUGUUACCUGUUUGGCUCGCGCUGCCCCUUGACCCCGGGGAGGGGGGUUCCGACUGCGGCUCAUCGACGGUUCAAACCUAAAAGUUAAGGAAGGAUUGCAUGAGUUGAGCCAAUGGAAAGAAGCAGAAGAACUGUGAUGAACAUAGCUGACAGUAUCCGCUGCCAGUACACCUAGUGUUGAGUCGGCACUGACCUCAAUAGCAGUGUAUUAAGUAAUAAUUAAAACGGUCCCAACUGUUUUGUAUGGGGUUAGCUUCUGUGUGCUCACAUGUUAGCUAACACAACAAACAGUUGAUUUUUACAUAGACACUGAACGUACAGGCAAGCUGUUUACCUUGUCAGUUUCACGGACCGUGAUGUUACCGUUACCGUUGCAGCUAACGUUAGUCAGGUCGGAAAAAACUUCUCAUAAACAACGGGAGAAAAGACACAACAUAUACAAGCAGGCGUGUAAUGUAACGUUAAGUUUUGAGCUGUCAAAACUGGAACGGUAGGCUGUGGAAUUUACUUCCUACAUUGCGUCUCCAGUGGCAACGCACGUCGCGCUUUACGGCUAGACGAAACACGCCCAGUGCUGACGUAAAACACCGACGUUACGUUACGAGGCGCGACCGUAUGGCUCAGGGAAAAGAGAUGGCCAAAGCAAAAGCAAAGACCAACAACAGCAGUGCCGGCGUAGCUCCACCUCAGCCUCGGUCACUCAGGUCAAGGAAGAGGGAAUGUCCAAGUGAUGAAAUCUCAGAGAUCGUUGAUGUCCAGGCUACUCAUCAUCAGGACGCUGAAGGAAAUCAUACAACAGUGGAUGCCACACUGUUACAAUGCCACCACUCCCCUCUGCAGGAAUCUACUGUUAAAGCAUUCGACGAGCAAGAAGAGACUAAAGUCACCGAUCCUAGCAAUGAUUCUCAGCUGAAGGGCUUUAAAGUACAUGCUGAUAAUGAUGCCAACAAGAGCGGAAAGGAUAAGGAGGAAAUGACAGCCGAGGAAUAUGACGCAUCACCAUCCCAAACAUGCACUGACCAACUCCAGGUCUGCUUGCAGAUCUCUGAAGAGGGCGAUGCUGCUGCUGCUCCGGAGGAUCAACCGGGUGCAGAGGAGAACCCUGAAUGUAAUUUUGAGAAAAACCAAGAAGUUAGUCAAGAAGAACCCAGCAAUGUGUACAUGACUGACGUCAAGGAAACCGCACAGGAGGCUGCAGCGGGGUUACCGGCCAAAAAGAAGCGAAGGAUGGGUAUGUGUGGUCUGACGGAGAGGGAGCGGAGUCACUUUUUACAGACAAAAAAACGUGAAAACGGGCAGAACGGACCGGAGAGAGUCGGAAAGCAGAUUUGUAAUAACGCAGCCGACCUUGUGGCUCAGGAAGAGAUAGUAUCGUCUCUAUCAUCCUCACUAUCCGUCCCAGUAGGCAAUGUCACAGAGCAGGAAAAAGCAGAGAUGAAACUUCAGUCCAGUCACUCUGGAGGGGAAGACAGGGCAGAAGCUGAAGUCCACAUUGCUGCCACUACCUCAGAUGGAACCAGUGUUGUGUGUGGUCCAGGCGGCCCAAAGGGAACUAGUUGUGAGGUUGAGGCAGACAUAGGGCCUGGUCCAGAGCAAAGUGGUGACACAAAGUCAGACCUACCUGCAGAGGAGGAAGAGGAGCAGCUUUUGGGAAAUCAGGUGCAGCAGGAACACAAGGGAGGCACAGCUGAGAGUGUAGCUGAAAAACCUCAGGAGCAAAUUAAAGACGGGGGAGAUGGGUCGGCAGCAGUCGUCCAAAGUCCUGCCAUCACCUUUUCCUCUAAUACAACUCAGAGUGAGGAGACUGAGAAGCGGGAUGCAAUCGAGGCUGCUCCUCUGCAGGUGAACGGAGUGACCAGGACAAGAGAAGAAGAGUUGACCGGUGAUGCAGAGGACGAUGACGGAGCCGAAGCAGGUGCUUCAUCCACACACACCCAGUCAGGAGGAGUCAGCGCGGUGCAGCUCUGCGAGGCUGCAGUGACACCCGGUGGACCAGAGAAGAAAGACAGCUGUGAUUCUGAUGGUGAACCUGGUGCUGGUCCUUCUACUGUGAACGCUGAGCCCCCUCAGAGCAAAAACACUACUGACCCGUUUGGACCUGGGUACUUGGAUUACGUGUCAGACUCGCAGCUGAACACCAUCAUUCUGACUGAGGAGGUGGUGAUGGAGGAAGAUCAUGAAGAUGCAACAGACCUGAUCUGUGGACUCAUCAGAGAACUCUCCUCUCUAAAUCGUAAGGUGAUGGCCACUCACAGAGAGCUGGAGAACCUGCGCCGCAGCAGUAAAAGUUCAAGGGGCUGCAAACGUUGAGGAUCAAGACCCUGCCAUCCUGAUUUUACUGUUUCCCCAGUGGUUUGUGGGUAAUAACAAAUUACUA